AUGGAAAUGAAUAGAAAACUACUUUGUGUUUCAUCUCACACUUUAAAGCGAUAUCAUUUUAGCGUGAGGCUGAUGUGUUUGUUUGUUUUGUCCGCUGAAGCUCAUCAAUGUCACGAUACCUACAUGCGGUAUGACGGAUUGGUGAGUUGUGAAGAGCUCAUACUACCUCUCGAAGUGCCCAGAAGCAUCCAAAACUUAACUUUAUACAGAUACAAUAUCUCAGUUUUAACCAAGAGAGCGUUUUCAGCCAAUGGGACCGAAACGGACUUGCGCGCGCUGUCACUGCAGGACAACAACAUACAGGUGAUCGAAAGUUGUGCGUUUUGUGGACUCUCCCGACUUCUUUCCUUAGAUUUGAGUCACAACCGUUUAAUGGUUGUGUCCCCUGGAGCCUUUUAUGGUUUGGAACAGCUACGUAAUCUUAACCUCAGUAACACUUUGAUGACUUCGGACGCGAGCCAAUUACCCCUCGCGCUGUCCACGGAUAAUUUGGGUAAUCUUCAGAGAUUGGACCUGUCUGGAAACCGUUUGGAGAACCCGUUCGAGUGUAAAUGUGACAAACUGAAGGAGUUUUAUAAAUGGCUGAAGAAUAGCUCCCAAUGCGCAGACUCCAAUAGCCUGAAAUGCGUACAACCCGAAAAGAAGAAAAACACGCACGUGAUGGAUCUAGAAAAGAGGGACAUGGAGUGCCAAAACUUGGAUGCCCGAUCUUAUGUGCUUCUCGGCAUUGUGUUGGCCCUCAUUGGAGUUGUGUUCCUCAUGGUGUUGUACUUGAACAGAAGAGGUAUCAAGAGAUGGCUUAAUAACAUUAGAGAGGCCUGUCGGGAUCAAAUGGAGGUGUAUCAUUACAGAUAUGAACAGGACUCCGAUCCCAGGUUAGCAAAUGUUGCAGUUUAAGCGGAACCUUCUGACCUCGUCUCCUCGAAUUGUUUGAUGAAACGCUAUGACAUUAAAGUUUUGUAGCCCAUUUUAAGCCCAUGUAUGUUAGUUUAUAAGACGCGUAUACCCUUACAAAUUUACAAAAUUAACUUUCAGCAGAUACACUUUUUAAAUAAACUGGGGAAAUGGAUAUGGAAUUUCACUCAUCUUGCACUCACGGGUGUAUUAUUAGUAUUUUUUUUUUUGUUUUUCAAUAAAAUGUUGAAAUGGGAAUGUCCCUCCCACCUGUCUGGGACCAGCAAUCAGGAAAUCUG